AUGACCAUGAGUUCCUACUUGAUAAACUCCAACUAUAUCGAGCCUUCCUUUCCUCCAUGCGACGAAUACCAACAGAGCGGAUACAUCCCCAACCCUGGUGAUUACUACGAGCGGCCAAAAGAUACGGGCUUCCCCCAUCACGACGAGCCAUCCUAUCCGAGGUCAAACUACACAGAAUCUGGCUACGAUUACGGUAACAUCCCCGCCAACGGACUCGAUGAUUUCAGCGAGGGACAUCACGCACAGCCGCAGCCGGUUCCACAGAGCCACGGUCCUCGCCUCACCGCGGCCCCAGACGGUGGCGCAGGGGCAAAUCCCAGCAAAGACUGCAGCCUCGCAAGUGAGGUCUAUCCCGGCGUAGCGAAGGGCAAGGAGCCGGUGGUCUAUCCUUGGAUGAAAAAGGUCCACGUUAACACCGUCAAUGCCAAUUACGCUGGAGGAGUGCCCAAGAGGUCCCGCACUGCCUACACCCGCCAGCAGGCUCUGGAGCUGGAGAAGGAGUUCCACUUCAACCGGUACCUGACCCGGCGCAGGCGGGUAGAGAUUGCGCACACCAUGUGUCUGUCUGAGCGCCAGGUCAAGAUCUGGUUUCAGAACCGGCGGAUGAAGUGGAAGAAGGAGCACAAGCUCCCCAACACCAAGAUCCGUUCCUCCAGCUCGGCCUCGUCCUCAGCCUCGGGGGCCCAGCAGCAGCAGCAGAUCAAAACAGGCCAGCAGCUUGUCCCCACGCCGUGCACCGCAGGCCUAUAGUGCUUGAACGAACCCCACCCCACAAAAACCCAAUCCAGACUGAGAUGGCAAAUAACACAAGUGGAAUUUGAUGGACCGAUUCUCAGUAUUUUACACACAUGGUGUUAUCUCUUUCACUUUGCCUCCGCCAUUGGGCCCCUGUCACGUCCUUUGUACCCUUUCCCUCUCCGGUCGUCCUAGCCCUCUUCAUAUAAGCUUGAAAUUCACCUUUAAUUGCCAAGGUGGCAACAAAGUGUUUAUAUAUUUGUUUAUUAUUAUGAAAGGAGGAUAACGCACAUUCAAACGUAGGACUUGGAUCAAAAUGUAUCUUUACGGUUAAAAAUGAAUGAGGUAAAAGUAUUUGAACUCAUUUUUCUAUGUUCUCUUUGAUGAUUGUUUUUCUGUUUAGUUUUUUAAUUAUUGCUCAAGGAAGGUUCUAAUAUACUUGAAAGAUAUUUAGCGAGACUCUAGAUGUCUGUUAGAAAACCGUACGGCUGUUUUUAGAGGUAUGGCAUCAGUCAGAGUAACAGUGUACUUCGUGUGUUUGAGUGGGUUGGUUUACUGUUGAAUGUAGUCCAGGUGACUUUCACAUUUAAUGUACAUAGGCAUAUCAUAAUGAAGGCACAAUAAGGAAAGAAUUUCGUCCAGUAGAAUUCUGUUUGUUGGUGUUGUAAGGUCUAGUUUUAAUUGUGCUAGUCUGUCUCAUGUUGUGUUGUGUUCUAAACUGUGAAUAUUUGUAUGUGUCGUCUCAGUAAUGACCGUUGUGAUGUAGGCUAGUGUAGGCUCAA